AUGGUAGUCACGCGCAAGCUUAAGUACGACACUCCGGUUGUGCAGCUGGGCGGGGUUGACAUUUCGAUGGUGAACGAGCUCAAGAUCCUCGGGGUCAUCGUCGACAGUAAACUAACCUUUAACAGUCACGUUGCCUACGCUUGUCGUAAGGCAACGGACCUGUAUAGGAAACUGUCGACGAUGGCUCGGGUGGAAUGGGGCUUGUGCUCGGAGAUCAUCAGGACGAUAUAUUUCGCGGUCGUCGAACCGACGAUACUGUACGGCGCGAGCUCCUGGGCGAAGGCCGCCGAAAAGAUCUCUGUGCAAAGGUCCUUUGCUACCGUCCAGAGGGGAUUUGCACAGAAGAUUGCUAGGUCACAUCGGACGGUGUCGCUCAACGCAGCGCUCACGCUGGCCGGGCUCCUCCCGCUUGACCUCCGGGUCUGGGAGGCGGCCCGAUUGUUCGAGAGCAAACGGGGACGCCCGAUCGACGAGCUGGACUCCCGCGAACUGGAGGAGCGUGUGGCCUUUACCGAGGCUCCUCACCCUGCCAGUGAGCCGGACGUAGAUUACGUAUGUCUGGAAGGUAUGCUCCCCGAACAUGUAGCUCAGCUACACCUUCCCGAGCAUCUGAUUUACACUGACGGUAGUAAGUCUGAUGACGGGGUCGGGGCAGCGUACACUUAUUGGCGGGAUGGGGUCGAGGUCCGGACGAGACGGUUGAGGCUGGAGCCGAUGUGCACCGUCUUUCAGGCGGAGUUGCUAGCGAUAGCCAGGGCUACGGACCUGGUUGUCGAGAGGAACUUCGCCAGCGCGGCGGUGCUAAGCGACUCCCGUUCUUCGCUGGACUUGAUCCGGAACCCGGACACGCGCCAUCCCCUCGCUACCCAUAUUCGGAAGAAUAUUAGGGAGUUGCAGGGGAGGGGUAAAACCCUCCGGUUCUUUUGGGUGAAGGCUCACGUCGGGAUACCCGGCAACGAGCGCGCCGACGAAUUGGCCAGGCUAGCGGCCAAGGCUAGGGUCGCCCCGGCCUAUGACAGGUGUCCAAUCUCAUAUGUCAAACGACGACUGAGAGAGGGCGCGGUCCGGCGCUGGAACAGUAGGUACACCGAAGGAGCCACAGCGGAGGUCACCCGCAUGUUCUUCCCUGAUGCAUGGUGCGCUUAUCGGACCAUGAGGUGCCUCGACAGGACGUCUGGGUGGGCGCAAGUGCUGACGGGGCAUGGAGGAUUCGCGGCAUACUUAUAA